GGGUGGAGGGGUAAAGCCGGUCUGUCACCCGCGGAGGGGCCGCGGGCACGUGGGGGCGGGCAGCGGCGCGUCCCCUUUGUUGUGCGGGCGGAGCGCUGCCCCGGCCCCUCGGGCCGCGCUGGGGUUUUCUCCUCCCUCUCCUCCUGCUUCCUGCCGGCUCUCGGGAUCGACUGGGAAAAGUUUCAGGCAGUCUCGUCCUGAGCGGUUCAGGCGCACUCGGGCACGGUUCUCGCAGUGAUCUGCCGAGGUGCUGGCUUCUCAGCAACUUCCUUCUGUCGAUAAAGCCUUUAAGGUUUAUUUUCCAGUGGUGCUCAUUUCAAGUGCUGUAGAGUAGCCUUGAAUAUUAGCACUUCAAAAAGUUUAGGGUUGUUUGCAUCCAGUUCCCCCCUCUAUGUAAUUUUAAUGACUAUUAGUAUCGUGACUUUGUUCUCGGUGUGGGGAGCUGUAAACCCGUGAAACCAGUUUCACUUUUAGACUGUUGCUGGGAAUGUUUUAAAGUGUAGCAAUUUCUGACCAGUGUGGCUUUAAAAUAAAAAAGUCCUAUUACAAAGCAUAUGCUGAUUAUGCUUAGAAACUACUGCGUGUGAAAAAGUAAUUCAUUUGAAAAUAACGAUUUAAAAUGUGGGUGGCAGCCCUUGUGAUUGUUUUCUUCACAUCUAGAAGCAGUUAAAGCUGAAGGGCAGUUUUCUGUGUAUAAAACUAAAAUUACUUUGCAGGUUUGAGAACCUGUAUUUGCUCAUUUGUUGCAUUUGUUUAUAACAGUCUGGUUUUGCUGGUGAGGAAAGACAAUAAAAAGGCUGAGUCCAAUCAGGAUCAUCAAAUGGGCACUAAACCAAUAUAUUCCUUUAAGAAGGCCAUCAGCUUGGUAGGUUAGCAGUGUCUGCUCGUUGUUUCUGCCUAGGGAUCAUAUUGAAGACGUGUGGAAUGUGACCUAUAGGGAAGCAUAGCAGAGAUGUGUGCUCUCCUAAGUGGUAGUUAUUGUUUAUGCCACAAGAAUAGUUGAGGUGGUGGUGUUGAGAGCAUAUAGGCUUGUGCACAGGACUGUAGACUGAAAUUAAGAAUUCUCUUCAUUGUUGUUCCCUAAAGAAGAACUAGAUGACAAUGUAUACAAAAGUUCUCUCUCCUUGGCUUUCAUUUCUCUUACCUUCUAAAAUUUGAUUCAGUUUUGCAAGGCUUUUGAUACCUUCUGCAAAGUACUACUGCAUACCUUCAUUUCUCAGGUAAGUUUCACUGGGCAUGUGUAAUGUUUUGCUGAAUCUGGCUCUGAGCACAUGGAAUGAAUUCUGGUGUUGAAGACUUUAGUUUUGGGUUGGUGGUGGUUUUGGGGUUGGCUUUUUUUUUUUUACAUUUAAUUAGUUUGCUUUCUUUUGUUUUUAUUGGAAACAUAGUGUUUAAAGCAAAGUAUUUGCCUCUUCCAGAUACUCUUGCAAAAGCUUUGUAGAAGCAUAAUGGAGUUUGUAAAAGAUUUUCAGUUUUCUCAGAGCUCAGCUAUUUCACAUAUUAAUCAUCACCUCCCCUCCAAAAUUGCCUGCUAAUUUGAUAUAUUUUUUUAUGAAAGAGUCUUCCCUCUUGUGUGAAACCCUCUGGGGAAGAGGCUAUGGACAAAACCAUUGGCAAACAGCAGAAACUGGCUUCAGACAAAAUGCUGUCAUACAUAGCAAAUGAAGAGACAGGAAAAAACAUUUCUGUAAUUUUCCAGCAGAGAUUUUACUUAUAAUAAGAGUGGAAGGCACAUUUCCAGAUAGAGACAGAACAUACUUCACGUGCAGAAAGGAAAAGACGUGAUUCAUUCGGGAUGUUUGACGGUUAUGAUAGUUGUAGUGAGGACACCAGCAGCAGCUCCAGUUCAGAUGAGAGUGAAGAGGAGGUUGCUCCUUUGCCGUCCAGUCUCCCAAUUAUAAAGAACAAUGGACAGGUCUAUACUUAUCCAGAUGGCAAGUCUGGCAUGGCUACAUGCGAGAUGUGUGGAAUGGUUGGUGUCCGUGACGCUUUUUACUCUAAAACGAAACGCUUCUGCAGUGUAUCAUGCUCUAGAAGCUAUUCAUCCAACUCCAAGAAGGCCAGCAUUCUGGCCAGGCUUCAGGUAGCGGGUAAACCUCCAACAAAGAAGGCUAAAGUUCUACAGAAACAACCUUUAGUGGCUAAAUUAGCAGCAUAUGCUCAGUACCAAGCAACUUUACAAAACCAGGCAAAGACUAAAGCAGCAGCUGUCCCUGUGGAAGGUUUCAGCUGGGGUAACUACAUCAAUAGCAAUAGCUUUACAGCAGCUCCUGUUACCUGUUUUAAACAUGCACCUAUGGGGACAUGCUGGGGUGAUAUCUCAGAAGGAGUGCGGGUGGAGGUUCCAAACACCGACUGCAGCCUACCUACCAAAGUCUUCUGGAUAGCUGGAAUUGUAAAAUUGGCAGGCUACAAUGCACUGCUAAGAUAUGAAGGCUUUGAAAAUGAUUCAAGUCUUGACUUCUGGUGCAACGUUUGUGGUUCUGACAUCCACCCAGUUGGUUGGUGUGCAACCAGUGGGAAGCCCCUAGUCCCUCCUCGAACCAUCCAACACAAAUACACAAACUGGAAAGCUUUUCUAGUGAAACGACUUACUGGUGCCAAAACACUUCCUCCUGACUUUUCUCAGAAGGUGUCUGAGAGUAUGCAGUAUCCCUUCAAAACUUCCAUGAGAGUAGAAGUUGUUGACAAAACACACCUUUGUCGAACAAGGGUAGCAGUUGUAGAGUGUGUCAUUGGGGGACGAUUAAGAUUGGUGAAUGAAGAAAGUGACGACAAAACUGAUGACUUCUGGUGCCAUAUGUACAGUCCCCUCAUUCAUCAUAUUGGUUGGUCUCGAAGUAUAGGACACAGAUUUAAAAGAUCUGAUAUUACAAAGAAACAGGAUGGACAUUUUGAUGCACCCCCACAUUUAUUUAUGAAGGUAAAAGAGGUUGACGCAGCUGGAGAAUUUUUUAAAGAAGGGAUGAAAUUGGAAGCUAUAGACCCCUUAAACCUUUCGGCAAUAUGUGUGGCAACCAUUAGAAAGGUUUUAGCAGAUGGCUAUCUUAUGAUUGGGAUUGAUGGCUCAGAAGCAGCAGAUGGGUCUGAUUGGUUUUGUUACCAUGCCACUUCCCCUUCUAUUUUCCCUGUUGGUUUCUGUGAAAUUAACAUGAUUGAACUAACUCCACCCAGAGGUUAUGCAAAACUCCCUUUUAAAUGGUUUGACUACCUCAGGGAAACUGACUCAAUAGCAGCACCUGUAAAGCUCUUCAACAAGGAAGUUCCAAACCAUGGGUUUCAUGUUGGAAUGAAACUGGAGGCUGUUGAUCUGAUGGAACCUCGCCUGGUAUGUGUGGCCACAGUAACUCGCAUUAUCCAUCGUCUUCUGAGAAUACACUUCGAUGGAUGGGAAGAUGAGUAUGAUCAGUGGGUGGACUGCGAGUCCCCAGACCUUUAUCCAGUGGGAUGGUGCCAGCUAACUGGAUAUCCACUACAGCCACCAGCGCCACAGUCAUCAAGAGACAGCCAGUCGAGUUCCUCAAAACAGAAGAAGAAAGCUAAAUCACAGCAGUACAAAGGACAUAAAAAAAUGACUUCAUUGCAACUGAAGGAGGAGUUGCUAGACGGGGAAGAAUACAGCUUCCUUCAAGGAGCAUCUGAUCAGGAAAGCAACGGAUCUGCCAGUUACUACAUCAAACAAGAACCAUGAGGCAGCUCAGAGAAGUGAGGGGCAGAGAACUGGUGACAGGAAAAGAGCCUUUCUCCAAGACUGACUGAUUUUGCUCCCACUUGGAUGGUGCAGUUCAGGUGACUGUACCUGGGGCACUUUGCUAACUGUAGAUGAGUUAGACUCAGUUCAGAACUUUUUUUGGAAGGGCGGGGAAACUAUUUUAGUGAAAAAGAUUUUUCAAUUUAUUAAAAAACGGGAAAAAAGGACACUUUUGUGUUGUAUUUGAAGCUUUUGAAAGAAUUUUGUAAUAUUUUCAAGUUCAGAUUUAUUGUGCAUUGUUAACAAGAACUGAAAAUCUAAUUUUUUGGUAAGAUUAAAGUUUAAUUAGCAUGAUUGUGGGAAGCGGUUGGAGGAAGCUAUAGGUGCAAAUACAAAGGAACUGUCAUAACAAAUGAACCUUUUUGGUACAAGUUGGGGAGACUUUUAGACUCUUGUGAACUGCACUGGUCACGCCUCUGGUUUUUUGUUUAUUUGGUGUUGUGUUUUUUUUUUUAAUUGUGAAAAUAAGGCAUUUAAGCCCUGAUUUAGAGGCAUAAAUUGUGUGGAAGAUAGUCAUGUAAAGCUCUACUCAAUGAGUAGCCCCAGUUGCAACGGAGCCAUCGCCUGAGGAUUUUAACUUUUCAAGAUGUUUUUCUUUAGUUUAAAAUACUUUUUUAUAUAUAUAUAUGUGUAAAAUUUUUUGUGUUUUUAAGUUCCUUAGGGUCUGAUUCAGUGCCCAUCAAUAUCAGUAGCCUUGUCUCCAGUGACUGCAGUGGUCAUUGGAUUGGGACUAUGAAGCUCUUCUCUGUACAUGAAUGUCUGUAGACUUGGAAUGCUUCAGCAAAUGUUUACAGAGCCCUAUGCCAAACUGGAACUUCAGCAAAUCCCCUUAUUUGGAAGAGUAUUUUUAGCUAUAAAUUUAGACUAAAGAAGAAACUUAGACAAACAGUAGCUCAGGCCUCCCUUAGUCAUGGGAAGGAACUUCUGAGUAUUCCUUCUGAUGAUUUUUCCCAUUCAGAAUAACCUAGCUGUUUCCUUACCAUCUUACAUAUUUAUUUGUGAACAUUCAAACCUGAUGUUCCGCGUGGUUUCAGGUGAGCUAAAAGGAGCCAUACAUUAUAGGUUAAAAAGAGUUCCGUUCCGCACAGCCUGCAGUAUUCCUUUCUUGCUGCAAUAGCGUAGUAUGGAAGGUGAGACUAGAGAACAGUAUGUAAAUCAUAUGCUGUCUAGUAUAUAAUUCAUAAACUGGAUUUGCCUAUUGCCUGGAAUCCUUGUGUCUCACUUCUAGUAUCCCAUUAGCCCCACCUGCUUGACUGUCCAGAUUUUUUAAAGGCAAUGUAAAAGAAUGGGAGCAACUACCAGUAUAAUACAGAGUACUUAGCAUGAGCUCUUAGUUCGGAUUCCAUCCUUCCAUGGUUUUUAACCUUUGUACCUUUUUGUAACUGAUGUCAUUCAUGGUGUUGAAUAACGAAAUGGUUCAGCCCUGCAGAGCUGUGACUGGGAAAAUGUGCAUCAAGAGCUUUAGCUUUUACCAGUAAGGUUCAUUAACUAAACUCUCAGGAAUUAACUGCGUAUGUUCUACAAGUGCUUCUGGGUCUUCACAGGUCCCCCUUUCAGAGCAGUACAAUGAUCAUCUGACUCUUGACCAUAAAUUAGGGCUUAAAAGAGAAACUAAUCAAAAUGAUUAACAUCUGUGUUCCGACAGCCUAAGAAAUGCUUUAAGGAUAUGAACCCACAGAGCCCCAGGAGACCAUUUUUGUAUAUUGUUGUUUAAGCUUAAAAAAAACAAAACCAAGUGCAUAGAAAGUUGAAAACCAGCAAUUUGAUUAUUUUCUAAAAUAUUGCUCUAACUUUGGGUACAUAGUAUUGGUGAUAUGCACAGGUUUACCUCAUUCUAUGCAAGAGGGGUUAAUUAUGUAAAGUUUUGUAUUUACUACUGGAAGUAAAACUGUCCUGUAUAGUGUAGGAAUGUCUGGAAUUCUUUUCUCCCUCACUGGUAACGUUUCUUAAAUCAUGACCCCUGUUUACCAACAGCUUCUUAUAUUGACCGAAUCUGGUUAUCCGAUGAUAAGUAUCUGUAACUUCAGAUGGUAAAGAUAUUUUAGCUCUCUAAAAUAGCCAUAAAAAGGACUUUGUCUGGCUUGGUAGACUUCAAAUAUGUUCUGUCAGCUUCUGACCCAUCCACAGCUUUUCUUUUGAACAGCCUGGAUUGGAGGAGUAGGAUUAGAGACCAUUGCAAUGACACUUUGAGCCUUGACUAACUUUUUUUUUCCCCCAUGUUCUCAAUUUUAACCUACUUUAUAAUCCAGCUCUGCAAGCAUUGAUGUGGUUUGGUAAGUACAUCACUAAUGAUUUUUAUCGUUUAUAAUGCAGCGCCUUGCAGAUUGUCCCAGUCAGCUGGACCAGGGUUGGCACAAUCUUGCUUUCUUCUCUCAUCUUCUGACUUCAGUCAAAAAACUGUUGCAUUCAUUUGUGUUUUAUUAUGUGGAAGCUCAGGCUGCUAACAAGGUAUAUUGCCAAGUCUGUGAACCUUGGGCUUCUGUGUAUUGCCCAGGCUUGUACCUGACUUCUAAGUUAUGGUUUUCAAAUGUCAAGAGGGAAAACUAGUGCUUACAUUGAACACACUUCCUGUGAUGGAAAAAUGUAAGAAUCAGAUUUGAAGUCUCUCAGUCUUUAUAAUGUUCUUUUAAAAUGGUUAUUUUAUUCACUAAACACUAAAGGAUGUGAGUUGAAGCAUUUUCAGAUACAUGUGUAGCUUCAGUGUGAGUUGGGUGAAAUCUCUCAUGUUUCUGAAUUCCAAAUGUACCUUAAUUGUCAAGUACAGUGAAACCUGUCCAAAGGAAACCAUGUAAGGAGCCAAUUGAAGUCACUUGGGAGAGGAUUAAGAACCCAAGCAAAAUUAUGCUGGCUAUUUAGAAUCGUCUCUUAAGGAGCAGGCAGCUGGCUGUGUUACCCAUGGAGUAGGCUUCACGGUAGUCAGUAACAUGGCUGUUGGUGUUUUUAUCUUCACUUUAAGCCAUGUCAGGUGGCUAGAAGAGUGGCCAAGUGUUGGACAUCUGAAAUCUUCAGUGGGGUCAAACUGACUUCAGUAUUGGGCACAGCUGGUCUUCACACCCCUACGGUAGCAAGAGUUCUACCUUACUUUGCGGCUACCCUUCUGUUACUGCUCAGAAUCCUUCUGCUGGUCUUUGGGUUUCAUGUUAUUUUAAACACAGGUCUUUUAACCUUGCUGCAUCUGAGGAAAGCUAAAGCAGUUACCGAUUCCUUGUCCUACGGAUACUAACACGGGUUUCAGUGUUUGUUUGGUUUUUUUAUUGUUGUUUUUAUGUGAUGUGAAUACCCUCUCCCGUCAAUAUUUGUAUGAUGGUGCUAAUAUAUUUGGUAACAAUCCUUUAUUGGGAAGGGAUUUUAAAAAAACUGUGAUUGAAACUGAAUUUUUCUUCCUUUUACUUUUCAUAUUUAACACAAAAAGCCACAGCCAUUUAUACAAGCAAAAGGCAUCAGCUUUGGCCCCUGGGAAAACAUUGGGGGCGGGAAUCAAGAUUAAAUGGGAUUUUUACAUCAUUUCUGUAUGUAUUUGAUAUAUAGAUCAAUAUCUGUACAAAUUUAAUCUUUUAUUUUCUUGGUAAUUUGUGUGGUCAGUGAGAGAGUUAUUUAAAGCUUUCUCAUGCAGUGUACAUAACUAAGUGAAAAAAUGCUUUUGGAGAAAUUAAUGUUCCUUUCAUUUUUACGAGACUGCAGAUUUUCAGCAUGGAUGUGAAAAGCAUUAAAAUUAUAACUUUGUGUACAAGAUGAAAAUAAUUCACUAAAUUUGCCUUUUUUACACAAAAUAAAAAUGAUAAAAAG